UUCAAAAACAACCCGACGUUUCCUAUUUCCUCCCAAAAACGCAGAAAUAAAUCUCUCUUUCUUCUCUCUCUCUCUGAAACCCUAAUUUGUUAUCUCUUUCUCAGAAACCUAACUCCUUCAGAUUCAAAUUUUAUAUUUUUAUAAUAUAAAAAAGUUCGAACCUUUUCAGUUUAACCCCACACGUAUAUAAACCAAGGUUUUGUCUGGGUUUGGAUUUGCAGUUCUUCGAAUACAAAUCUGAGCCAGUGAUUGGGGGUAAAUUUCUAGGGUUUUGAAUUGAUCUGAGGCGGUGCAUGGCGAACGGUACGGAUUCUGAGGAGUUUGUGGUGAUGUCUAAGGUCCGGACGGGCCUGAAACGUGAGUUCGCGUUUGCGUUGAAGGCCCAGGCUGAAGUGUCUGGUUCUUUGGGACGGACUCGGGGCAGUAAUUCUCUGAAUGAGAAUGGUAAGAGGUUGAAGAAAGCGACCACGAACGAGGUGCAGAAGGAUGAUGGGGACGAGAAAUUGACGAGUGGUGACGAUAUAUUGGUGGGUGGGGAGACGGUUGAGGGCGACAAUGUGAAGGUUAUGGAGGAUUUGGAUGAGACCAUGAGCGAAGAGGACGCCAAAAGCGAUGUGGUGGACCUCAUAAGCGACGACGAGCCUAAAACCCACGUGGAUGACUCUGUGCUGAGCGAGAGGGUCUACGAAGACGAGUUGAAGAACGGGGAGGUUGAGAUGGCAGUCGACGAUGAGCCACAGACGGGUUGCAUUGGUGAUUCGGUGAAUGAAGAUGUGGCUCAGGAGGAGCAAUUGAAGAAGAGUGGACCAGAAAAGCCUUUGGUGGUUGAAGAAUUGCCGGAGAUGAUUGAGAGUGGCGGCGAUAAGGUGGAAGGAGAGGUGAUUGAAAAGCCGGAGAGGCGGUUUACUCGGUCAGCAUUGAAGCCGAAGGCGGAGAAAGUGAAUAAUUUACCCGGGAAAAGUGAUUCCCAACAGUUAAAUUCGGAGAUGCAGAAAAGCCCAUUUGUUAGUAAAUCAAAACUUGAGAUGAAAAUGCCGAAGAUGGUGAGGAAGUUUGUUAAAUUAAAAGAUUUUCUUGAUACCGGUAUCCUCGAGGGGCAGCCCGUCAAGUACCUUAGAAAGGUAAGAGGAGCUGGAGAUACGUGGCUUAUGGGAGUGAUUACGGGUUCUUCCAUAUUGUGUCACUGUGAUUCUUGCCAAGGAACUGAAGUUGUUACACCUGCGGUGUUCGAACUGCAUGCGGGUAGUUCAAAUAAACGUCCUCCGGACUAUAUAUAUCUUGAAAAUGGCAAUACCCUUCGGGAUGUCAUGACCGUAUGCCAAAAUUCUCCUUUGGGAAUUUUGGAAGAAGCUGUUAGACUUGCUGUUGGUUGCUCAUCGAUAAACAAAUGUACCAUCUGUCUCAAUUGCAAAGAAUCUAUUCACGAAGAGGGUACUGGGUCAGCAGUGCUACUUUGUAUUUCAUGCAUGGAGUUAAAAAAGUCUGGUGAAGCUACGCCUGCUGUAGGUGCUAACCAUAGUGAUGAAUCACCAAAGCCGGUUAUGGUUCCAAAGGGGCCUGAUACCAUGUCAAAUUGUAGCUCACUGAAGCCGGUUCCAGCUCCAAAGUUUCCUGAUACUGUGUCAAAGUAUAGCUCACCAAAGCCGGUUACAGUACCAAAGUGUCCUGAUACCGUGUCAAAGUAUAGCUCACCAAAGCCGGUUACAGUACCAAAUUGUCCUGAUACAGUAUUGAAGUGUAGCUCCUCAGAAAGUAAGAGCCAGGGACGUGUAACAAGAAAGGAUCUUCGGUUGCACAAGUUGGUUUUUGAGGAAGAUGUUUUGCCAGAUGGAACAGAAGUAGCCUAUUAUUCUCAUGGGGAGAAAAUGUUGGUCGGUUAUAAAAAGGGGCCUGGCAUUAGUUGUAGCUGCUGCAAUGAUGUGGUCAGCGCAUCGCAGUUUGAAGCUCAUGCUGGUUUUGCAUCACGUCGCAAGCCUUACCUAUUCAUUUACACAUCUAAUGGGGUAUCUCUCCAUGAAUUGGCAUUAUCUCUGUCAAGAAAUCGGAAGUCAUCUACAAAGAAGAAUGAUGACCUAUGCUCCAUGUGUCGAGAUGGAGGAGAUCUCUUGUGCUGUGAUAAUUGUCCAAGGGCUUUUCACAAAGGUGAUUUUCACAGUUGUUUUUGUUGCAUCAACACAUAUUCUCAAAUACCAUGUGGAACUUUCCAUUAGUAUAUAUGUUAGGUAAUAUAUUGAAGGAGCUUCUAUUUGCAUCCAUAAAACUGUUGAGCCUCCUCAGUUGAAAAAGGGCCAGACAUGGAAGUGGUGAAAGGGGAUCGAGAAGCGAGGGCGAUUCUUUUUAUUUUUACUUUUAUAAAAGUUAUUUUCAAUAUAUAUUU